AUGAGAUGGGGGGCCAGCCGAGAACCCCUCGGACUUUACCAGCUGAGCCUCUCGGCUAUUUCCGUGACUCAUCUUGCCCUCUACGAUGCGGCCUCGUGCGUGUCGGCCGGGCAGGCCGGCGUCGGCUGGGCUACUUCUGCUACCCUUGGUCCAUCGUCGCUGUCUUCGGCUGCGGCAGUGUGCUUCAUGGCGGCAGUCGCUGCCGGCGGCUUGCGUGCAGUGCCUUCAUGGCUCUGUCGUCCUCGGUCUUCAUCUCCCCUGCCGUUCCGUCGUCCUCUGCCGCCCCCAUCCUCCAUCGCUUGCGCCCCCCGCCCCCGCCCUUCACCUCUUGCUACUGGGCCCCCCCCCCCACGGGUUCCCAUCCCCACCCGUGCCCAUCCCUCCCACACAAACAACACAACCCUGACCACCAACAAGACCCACCUCCUCCACCCCCCGGACACCCUCCGAGCCCUGAGCCUCCGCGCCCUACGCCCCCGCACCCCACCUCCUAAAAAAGCACACCCCCCUACCACAGCAGUUCAACUUGCUGGCAUAAUCAACCAUCCAUCAAGAUAUAACAAUACACAGCCCCAUAACACAUCUCCCAUACCACAGUACAAAAAGGUGUACCCUUGUUCAACACCAACGACACCAUCAAGUGACCAUAUGAAACAGAAAAUGAAACCAACACACCAUCGAGGUCUUAGAUGGCGAUUAUAUCUGACCUCGUCUGAUCCCUCAGUUCGCUCCCAGCAGUCCGCGCGACCAGGUCAGCACCAGCCUCCGGCCUCCCAGGGCUGGCUGGCCGGACACGCGACCCAGCGCUUAGCGCUUACCCUACCUGCUUACCACGGGGCCAAAGAAAAGCAAGAAACAAAGGCGCAGCGGAAGCGAGGGCGCACGAAGGCAGCCUCCGCACGUGCAGCUCGACGCUCUGCUGGCGGUGCUGUCAGGAAGGGACUGUGCUCCAAAUUUGUAUUUGCAAUAAAAGGCCAAGGAUGCAUGCACUGUGUACUUAGCGAUAUGCAAGCAAACAAAAGUGGCCGCCGAGCGAACAAGUAA